UGCCUUUGACGAGUUUAUGCUUCACUUUAUAUAAGCCUUGCUGUAUCCUCCCACGAGAGAACCAUGUUACAGCCAUUGAUUCAAUAGUGAAAACCAACUCUCGUCGGAUUUCACCAGAUGCCAUGAAACCGCAAUCGAAAACACUUUACCACCUGCGCCCGAAGCUUGACGAGAUCCUAAACGAUACAGCCCCCGUCCCGUAUACGCUCGGCACCUUCAUUGCCUUCCUUGCUCAAAACCACUGUCUCGAAGUUCUCGAGUUUAUCCUUGAGGCCAAACGCUAUCGGAAAACCUACGACUGGCUUCAAGACCACGGCAAGAAAUGCGGAGAGGAUGAAGCCCACGAGGAGCGCUUGCGACGAGUAUGGGAUCGUAUCAUAGAGACAUACAUUGAAUCCGGCGCACCGCGCGAGAUCAACGUGCCAAAUGAAACCCGUGAGGAGUUAUUGUCGUACACCAAAACCUACGGCUCUGUACCCCCACCGAGUCUCCUUGAUAGUGCCGUUCAACACAUGCACGAAUUACUACGAGACUCGAUCCUCAUCCCCUAUCUCCGGAGCUGCUCGGGCACUUCCCAUGUCCAGCCGCUAUCGGUGCCAUGCCUCAGUGGCACCGAGCGACUCUCCCCGAGCCCCAGGGCUUCCGAUGACACCGCACGCCGGAGGUCGAAGUUCAAUGGCCUCAUUCCAUCUUCCCCCGCAGAUAUGUGUUCCUCCGAUGGAUCAGAACCGCCAACGAGGUGUAUAUCACGGGAGACCAGCUCCCAAGAACCACCCGGCUCGUCCUGUUCUGACACUGGUCGUCUGGUCACCGGUGGUCAAAAUUGGCACGUUUUGCCGAAUGGUGAAGGAGCGGAGAUGUCGCACGCAAUUACUGCGCCGGAGAGGAAGACACGGUCCCCAGAGUCGCCUAAUAAGAAAAGAUGGCGCCGUUUACAGGGAUUUGCAAAGCAUUUUCGGCGUUCUUCUGAUUAAGCCAUCUAUAUUUACCCCCCCAUUAAUGUCAGGCUCGUGAAUUGCU